GUGGCGGGAACAUAAAACAAAGGAACACGUGAUCAAUGAUAAACUGAAAGUUCAUACAAACUGAAGCUAAAUGGAACUGAAUGUGACACUUAUACUGAGAAAGUAAUGAUUAUUUACUGAAUAUAAUGAUGUUCUUCUCCAAUAGGUGAAGGUCCCUUAGGAUCAGACUGCUGUCUUACUGUGACAAACACCAGAAUACCAGUUGAAAACAUCGAGGAUUAUUACAUCCAAGAGACAACAUCAGUAUGUUCUCUCAGAGCUAUCCAGAUGACAGUUGGGCUAUCAGAGUGUUAAAUUACUUGAAUAAGAGAAAGAACAAGGAACCUUCUGUAGAAACUACAAGUGCAACAAAAAUGAUCCCAACUACAGCACAUAAGUCACAUGAUCAUCCAGACUGUUGUCUCACUGUGACAAACACCAGAACAGAUGAAGACAUCGUGGAUUAUCACAUACAAGAUUCAUCUCUGUGUCCGAUCAGAGCUGUGAGAUUCAUAACUGUGGAGAACAACACAAUCUGCUCUUCUCCAACAGAAGAAUGGGUCCAGGAUUACAUACAGAACCUGAACAGAAGAAACACAUCUACAGACACUCUUCAGCUGGACGGGUUAUCAGAGGAGGAGAAACACACAUCAGAAAUAAAUGAUCCAUAUUCAAACAACAAUGAAUACUUUUGUUUAAAGAAGGAACCAGUUCAAUACUUUUGUAUCAAACAACCUUAAAACUUCUUCUGUUUGAACAGUUAGGACUGAUAAUAACACAAAAUGACUGUAAGUCUAAUAACUGAAUGAAGUGAUAGUGAAAAAUCAGCUAUGGUUUCUUGACAGGGAAGAGAAGAGAUUGUUGAAUAAAGUCGUUAUUUUUAU